AUGGCGGUGUGCCCACACGUUUCCAGUAUUAAAAUACCUUCAGCUACUACUUUAGUCUACAAGGAAGAAUGCACCCUUUGUUUUGAUUCACAGAAUUUGGCUCCCGGAAUCGAGGUGUGUUUGACUUGUUUCAACGCCGGUUGUAAUAGUCCAGAACGACAACAUGCUCGAACUCAUUAUGGACAAACAAACCACCCAUUAGUCUUAAUUAUUCUUCGUUUAAUCAAAGAUAAACCUAAAAGAGUUGACGAAAAUGAAGAACCACCUCAAAAGAUUAGCAAACUUGCAAUUGUUCCUGAAGAUGAGGAAAAAAAAUAUGAAUACGUCACUUACGUAAAAUGUUAUUCUUGUGGUGGGAUUGAGGUGGAAAAGACAAUUGGAGAACUACCUUUGGUGAUCGAUGCAGUGAUGAAUUCAGUUUCAGCAGCUAGGAAAUCAGAAAUUAAAGCAUGGGAAGAAGAAAUUACAGAAUGUGAACACGCGCGAAACUUGAUACAAGAUUCUCCAAAGGAAUUAGAAUCAAAGGCUUUAGCGCAUUGUAAUAAUUGUGAAUUAAAAGAAAAUCUUUGGAUAUGCCUGGUUUGUGGAAAUCUCGGUUGUGGACGUCAACAAUUUGGUGGAGUUGGUGGAAAUGGACAUGGCUUGGCUCAUUUCGAAAACACUAGUCAUCCAAUAAGUUGUAAAUUGGGUACUAUUACUCCCGAGGGAUCAGCAGAUAUAUAUUGUUACCUAUGCAACGAUUCGAAAUUGGAUCCUUUCUUGGAAAAUCACUUGUCUAACUUUGGAAUUAACGUUAAAUCACAGCAAAAGACGGAGAAAAAUAUGACAGAACUUCAAAUUGAAGAAAACCUCAAGUAUGAUUUCAGUAUGGUUACUGAGGAUGGUAAAGAAUUGGAACCUCUAUUUGGACCAGGUUAUACUGGUAUUAAAAAUUUGGGUAACAGUUGUUAUAUGGGAUCUGUUUUGCAAUCCGUGUUUUCUCUUGAUUCCUUUCAAAAGAGAUAUUAUCCUACUUCUUUGGAACACCAAAUUAGUUGUUUGGAUCCAGCAAAUUGUAUUCAAUGUCAAUUAUAUAAGAUUGCUGAUGGGUUAUUAAGUGGUCGUUAUUCACAACCUAUUCAACCAGUUGAUGAAGAGAAAACCAAUCGUGGUCAAGAAGGAAUAGCUCCUAACAUGUUUAAAGCACUUAUUGGAAAAGAUCAUUCUGAAUUUUCCACAAUGCGACAACAGGAUGCUUUUGAAUUUCUUCAACAUCUUAUUACCACAAUUGAACGUAAAGAACAUAAUAAUCCGGAAAAAGAUCCUACCAGGGCAUUUAAAUUUACCGCUAAACAACGUCUUCAAUGUUUGGAAUGCAAAAGGGUGCGAUAUCAAACCACCACCGAAUCACACAUUUCAAUUCCUGUACCUACAAAAACCAUCCAAACCGAUAGUGGUGAAGAAAUAUAUGAGCCAGUUACUUUUGAACAAUGCUUAGAAUCAUUUGCAGGCGACGCAAUAAUUGAAUAUUCAUGCCCAGCUUGCAAACGAAAGACAAAUGCAGCGACAAACACAAGGUUUGUGACAUUUCCUGAAGUCCUUGUUGUUCAUACACGAAGAUUUGAUUUUGAAAAUUGGGUUUCACGCAAAAUAAGUGUUCCCAUUAUUUUUAGUCAAGAUCUUAUUAAUCUUGAUAAAUAUAUUGCUCCUGAACAACCAGAAAAUGAAGAAUUACUUCCCGAUGAACCAUCAUCAUCUGGUGAAUCAAUAUCAGUUGAUGAAAUGGACUUGAAUCAAUUACUUUUGAUGGGAUUUCCGGAAAAUAGAUGUAAGAAAGCAUUGAUUACUACUGGUAAUAUCGGAUCCGAAGUUGCGAUGAAUUGGUUAUUUGAACAUAUGGAUGAUCCUGACAUUGAUUCUCCAAUUGUUACUGGGGGAUCUACUUCAACUAAUCAGCAAGUACCAUCAGAAAGUGACAUUGUUCAGCUUACUGAAAUGGGAUUUCAAGUAGCUCAAGUCAAGAAGGCUUUGGCUGAAACUAACAAUAAUGUGGAGCGAGCGGUAGAAUGGUUGUUUAGUCAUCCAGAAGAUUUUACAGAAAGUUUCUCAGAACAAGAGAAUAUUAAUAAUACAUUUGGAGAUUCUUCGUUUCCUGCCAAUUAUCAACUUCAGAGUAUUAUAUCUCACAAAGGGACAUCUGUUCAUUGUGGCCAUUACGUUGCUCAUGUGUUUAAGGAUCAAAAAUGGGUUUUAUUUAAUGAUGAUAAAGUUGUGAAUUCACAGCCACCUCUUGAAGAAGCUUACGUUUACAUUUUGAAAAGGAUACCUGCUUAA